CAAGAAGCCACGACGUACGUCAGAUUCAGGGGUCCCUUGCAAUGAACACUCAUCCCAAUUAGGUAACGAAAAACACAAAAAAGUGCAUCUUAUAUCGGCGGCUUCCUCUUCUUCUGACUCAUCUUCGACUUUCAUACACCAACUAACUUCCUGUGCCACAUGGAUCGGAUGUUAAAACCCCUCAUUCAUCAUUUAUAGUCUGUUAGUUCCGUCAGUCUUACUCAAUUGCUCUCAAUCCCCUCUCAUCUCCCUCAAACACAAUCGCAAACAUGGCCGAGUCCGCCGCGAAUGGCGAGUCCUGGACACCCUCGUCGUGGCGCUCCAAACCUAUUAAACAGGAGGCCGUGUACCCAGAUCCAAGCGGAGUGAAGCGUGCUACUGCAGAGCUAAGCCGUCUGCCGCCCAUCGUGCACCCGCAGGAGAUCGACCGGCUUAAGGCCAGUUUGCGAGAUGUGGCCCGCGGGGAAGCCUUCCUCUUGCAAGGAGGCGAUUGCGCCGAGCUCUUUGACUACUGCCGCGCCGACGCCAUUGAGUCCAAGAUCAAGCUUCUGCUCCAGAUGAGUUUGGUCUUAGUCUGGGGCGCCAACAAGCGUGUCGUUCGUAUCGGUCGUAUGGCAGGGCAGUAUGCGAAACCUAGAUCCAGUCCCAAUGAGAAGGUCGUCGUGGACGGGGUGACGAAGGAGGUUCCUUCAUUCAGGGGUGAUAUCUUGAAUGGCUACCACCUCGAGGAGCGACAAUUGGAUCCUCAGAGACUUGUUAAAGCAUACCACCACUCAGCCGCGACCCUAAACUACGUGCGCUCCGCCAUCGCGGCCGGCAUUGCGGACCUCCACCGGCCACUAAACUGGACGCUCGGACACGUCAAGGACCCGCAGCUGAAAGCAAAGUACACAGAAGCCGUGCGAUUCCUCCAGGACAUGUUACGCUUCAUGCACACCGUCGGCGCGGACAGGAGCCCCAAACUGGACACCGUGGACCUAUUCACCAGCCACGAAGGCCUUCUCCUCGAGUACGAAGAGAGUCUCACACGGCUUGUUGAGAAGCCCGUUGUUCCUUUAGACGAGAGCACCAUCACGCCUACCGGCGCGGAACCGAAGGCGAAACAGUACUAUGACACCUCAGCGCAUUUCCUCUGGAUCGGAGACCGCACGCGACAGGUCGACGGCGCGCACGUCGAGUUCUUCCGCGGCAUCGCCAACCCGAUCGGUAUUAAAGUCGGGCCCACGACACCGACUGCGGACUUGCUUGCGCUACUACGCACGCUAAACCCGGAUCUCGAAGUCGGGAAAAUCACGUUAAUAACACGAUACGGCGCGUCGAAGGUACGGUCUUUACUCCCCUCGCACAUCCGCGCGGUCGAAGGGUCGGAGUACCGGGGGCGAUGUAUCUGGCAAUGCGACCCGAUGCACGGAAACACGCAGUCGACUUCGACAGGAAUCAAGACGCGGAGUUUCGGGGACAUAUUCACCGAGCUGCAGGAGACACUGCAGGUACACCGUGAGGAAGGCAGCUACCUAGGCGGCGUGCACCUAGAACUAACCGGGGACGCGGUGACGGAGUGUCUAGGCGGCAGCGAGGGGCUAGACGAAGACGAUCUAAGCACCAAUUACACGAGCUUCUGCGACCCGCGCCUGAACGAGAAGCAGGCUCUCGAACUGGCGUUCCUGGUGGCGGAUUCGUUCCGCCAGGAGAGGACAGAUUUGGUCCACCAUUAGAAGUGGUGGGUCAGAAAGGGGUUACCAAUAGGGAUUCCCGGGGCG